AUGGAUCAAUCCAUGACCCUCAUCGAUGCCCAGGUGCACUUCCUGGACGAACGCGUGGUGCUGGUGCACAUCCCGCUGGAGCUGUACCCGUAUUUCAUCAAGGCAGUUCUGCGGCUGAUUUUUGAUGAAAUCCCUCCCCUGGAAGAGGAGGAGGGAAAGGGGAACGAAUCCGAUGACGGGGAUCAGGCCUCAGAAUAUGGCUUCAAACCGCCAGCCUUGAUGAACAUCUCCAUUACACCGGUCGAGGUCUCGGUCAUGUGUCCCAGGCGUCUAGUCGACAAGUACUUUGUGCCGGUGAUGGACCAGCUCGACCAACUGGAUGCGUCACUCCGGUCUCGCUUGGUCGUCAGCGAGAACGACUUCAUCGCCAUGCAAGUCCUCGGCGAAGGCCUCGAGGCCGGCAGGCGGGUUCUCGACUUAACCACUCCACUCGCGCUGGCGGGCAUCUCCAUCUUUUUCAUCUCCACCUAUUUCUCCGACUACAUAGUAGUCCCAAGCCAAAGCAAGGCAAGCGUCAUGUCAGCUCUCGAAGCCCGCGGCUUCCAAUUCGACAACGCAAACGCUGCCUUCAUCAGCAAUCCCCUCAGUCCAACCACAGAAAGGCGCCUCAGCGACUUGAUCCCGCCAAACACCCCGCCACCCUCAACGCUAUCAGAACUCCAAACCCGCACCUUUGACAGUCUCCGCAAACGCCAGAUUUCUCCUUAUGUGGACAAGACCCUCCGUCUCGUCCAGUGUGCGGCCCACCACCAAUAUCACAGCGAAGACAGCUCAAUGUCCAUCCUUCGCGAUGCCCUCACAACAGUCCUUCUCGUCGACGAACCCCGCUUCCUCUCCCUAACCCUAGCAGCCCUCGACCCAGCAGCCUCGCUCCUGCUAGAGAAGCGCCUGCUCCCCCGCUUCGCCCUCCGCUCGUCUUCCCACGGGACCUAUGAAGACGGCUCGGGCCUUCUCCUCGGCUCAAAAGAGGACUGCCUCAUCCCCAUCACCCUAGACUUACGAGACCUCCCCCUGGAAGCCUCGGGAAUAGUCUGCGGCGUAGCCGGCCGUCUCGCAGAAGCCGCGCAAAGUCCCCGCGCUUCCAUCUCCAGCACCAUCGGCAGCCACGCCAGCAGCGUCAUCGGCUCCGUCCCUAGACUCUUCGAUACAUUCGGAACCCGUCUAGCCUCGCUGUCCAUGUCCGAUCGAAAGUCUCCCCCGCAUUGCGCGGCGCCCUCGCAUAAUCUGUACCCCCUUCCGAUGUCGACCCAUCAUCUCCAGCCAGAUCUGGACUCGGCGGCUGAUGCUGUCGAGAUUAGUUUCUUGUCGACUGCGCGCGCUGGUACGAUCAUUGUCGGCGAAGACGAGCUUAAGCGUGCCAUUGAUGCCCUGGAGGCGGAGAAAGAGCCGAAGUUGUUGGAUUUGCAGGCUGACUCGCAGACUCCGCCUGAUAGUCCGCUGCAGUCGCAGGUGUGA